AUGACAUCGCAGAAGACGGCAUUGGUGACAGGCACCAGCAAGGGUGGUCUAGGCGAUCACCUCGCUCAGGAACUACACCGGAGGGGCUUUCGCGUAUUUGCAACAGCUCGAACCCCGUCAAAGGUGCAGCAUCUUAAGGAUAUGGGGUUGGAUAUCGUUCUGGUAGAUGUUACGGACCCCAAAUCGAUCAAGAAAGCCGCCGCUGAAGUCAAUGCCCUCGCUGAAGGGAAGCUUGACAUUCUUAUCAACAACUCAGGCAUUGGAGACAAGGCGGCGCUACUUGACGCAGAUCUUGCUGCCGCCAGAAGGGUUUUCGACGUCAACAUCUGGGACGUCUUGCAGGUCACCCAGGCCUUCAGUCCCAUGGUUCUUGCUUCCAAGGGCACCAUCAUCAAUAUUGGCUCUGUUGCGGCGAGGGUCCCAAUGCCCUUCAAUGGCAUCUACAACAUCAGCAAGGCCGCCCUCGAGCAACUUUCGAGGCAGAUGCGUGUUGAAAUGGAACCCCUCGGCGUCAAAGUUAUCCAUGUGGUAACAGGUGGAAUCGCCACUAGCUUUUAUUCACACGCAGGUGAAGGAGAAUUUUCAGAAACUUCCCUCUACUACCCUGCCAGAGAGUCCCUUGGGUCAUGGUUGAGCGGACAAUCCCAGGAGAGUCUACAACUAACGAAACCAGAGCAGUACGCCAAGGCUGUUAUCGACAACGCUUUGAGUAGCUUCCCUAGUUCAUUCCACUACACGGGCUAUGGGUCAUUUGCCACCUGGUUCUUUUCCAAGUGUUUGUGGAACAAUGCUAUGGAUAUCUUGCUGUCUCUUAUGGGAUUGCCCAACAUGAAGAAGGCAAUAUUCGGGAACAAGAAGGAGGCGUGA